AUGUCUAAGCUUUUCGAACCUCUCCGUGUUGGCCGCAUGGAGCUAUCAAACCGCAUCACCCUUGCCCCUUUAACCCGUUUCCGCAAUGGCGAUGACCACGUCCCCCUCCCCUUCGUUAAGGAGUACUACGCCCAGCGUGCCUCAACUCCAGGAACCCUCCUCAUCACCGAAGCAACCCUGAUUUCUCCCCGCGCAGGUGGUUACAAUAACGUUCCCGGAAUCUGGAACGACGCACAGAUCGCGGGCUGGAAAGAAGUCACAGAUGCCGUUCACGCUAAGAGUUCUUACAUCUACAUGCAACUCUGGAACCUGGGUCGUGUUGCUGUCCCAGAUGUUCUGAAGAAAGAUGGCUUCGAUCUCGUCUCUAGUAGUGCAAAGCCUGAAAACCCCGAUGCGGCUACUCCUCGCGAGUUGACUGAAUCCGAGAUUCAGAUCUUCAUCACCGAGUACGUGCAAGCUGCUAAGAACGCUAUCGCUGCCGGAUUUGAUGGUGUUGAGAUACACGCUGCGAACGGGUACUUGAUUGAUCAGUUUAUUCAAGAUACUUGCAACACUCGCACAGAUCGCUGGGGCGGUAGCGUGGAGAACCGGGCUCGGUUCGCUAUCGAGGUUACUCGUGCUGUUACCGAGGCUGUUGGUGCAGACCGCACUGGUAUUCGGUUUAGUCCUUUCAGUCCGUUCCAGGGAAUGAAGAUGCAGGAUCCCAUCCCGCAGUUUACUUACCUUGCAGAGCAGAUGAAGGGCUUCAAGCUUUCGUAUACUCAUCUGGUUGAUGCUCGUGUUUCCGGGAAUGCGGAUGCCGAUGCGAGUGAGACUCUUGAUUUCUUCAUGAAGGCAUACGAGAAGGCUAGCCCUGUUAUUGUGGCAGGUGGAUUCGAGCCUGAGUCUGCGCGCCAGGCUGUGGAUGUUCAGUUUAAGGAUUAUGACACCCUCAUCGCCUUUGGUCGGUCUUACAUCACUAACCCGGAUUUGCCUUUCCGUGUUAAGAAUGAUAUCGCGCUUACGCCUUAUGACCGCAAUGCGUUCUACUCUUUGAAGAACCCCGUUGGUUAUAUUGAUUAUGAGUUCAGUGCUGAGUUCAAGGCUACUCAGGUUGAGGUUCAGGCUUAA